AAGAUAUUGAAGAUCUCUCGGAGGAUCUCGUAUUCCGCAACUUCACCUUCAGAGCCACCGAGGAAGCCAUGGCGGACAGUCCGCUGGACGACGAAUGGAUAAGUGCGUGGACGGAGUUCAUUUUUUAUAUGCUGCUGACCUCGACGCGACUGUGUAGAAAUAAAGCGGCCAGCACAAGGCCACGACACGCUAUCAUGGACAGCGUCAAUUUCGAGGACUCGAGUGUCGACUGUCGACGGUCUACGCUUCAGCAAAAACCUCGAUACGGGCAUGAUUGAAAAUCUGGGAAGUCUGCUCACCGCGGUCCAAAGCAUGAAGCUCAAGCAGUUCCCAGCCGAUCGCAUAGAAGAGAUCCGGACAGUUGGUGUAGGAGAAACGUUUUCUGUCUGUGAGAGCAAAUUCGAUGGCAAUGUCAUUGCCGUCAAGCGUAUCCGAUUUCACGAAGACAUGGCCAACGCCAACCGGACCGCAUUUCAGCGACGCCUGCAAGCAGUACUGCGAGAAAUCAACAUCAUGCACCAUCCGCCUCUUGCCCAUCACCCGAAUAUUGUUAGCCUGCUGGGAUACGGCUGGGUAUUUGAGGAACAGCGACUCUUGCCUUUCAUAACGGUGGAGCUUGCUCGGGGAGGCUCCCUGCGGAACCACUUGAAAGAGGCAGAAAGGAGUUUCAAAGCGAAGCAGAUUGUUGCUGGAGAUAUUGCAGCUGGGCUGAUGGCCCUUCACAAGUCUGGCAUAGUUCACGGGGACCUCAAGAUCGACAACGUCUUGGUUGUUCCCUCUCUUGACCGUCCAUCCGGGGCAGUUGCCAAGGUGUCGGAUUUUGGCCAUUCCAUCAUUCUCAGCCCAGAGUCCGAAGCGACGGCUCAUUAUUUUGGUACGGAGCUGUAGAUAUAACGCGCCUGAAGUACGCCAUCAACGAAGCCAGCCCAUCCCAGUUGAGCAGCUCCACAAGUGUGAUAUCUGGGCAUUUGGGCUAUGUGUAUGGGAAAUACUAGCGGAUGGCCAAAUAUAUUUUCAAAAGUCGUGGAGGGAGAAUCCGGCCUACUGUCAACCAUCAUUGUCCCCUACUUCAUCCACGAAUUCUGGCA